GCCGCUCACUUACGCUCGGCUGUCCACCCGUCACACUCACCUGUCGGCCGCCCUCGCUUGUCCCGGCCGCCGCCUCUCGCCCCGUCACCCGCCGACUCCGUCACCCGCCAGCCUCCGUCACCCGGUAGUCUCGAGGGACAUAACUCACCCGCUGAUACUCCCAGAUACACGAUACACUUGGAGGAUCACAGCCCUUGUGAAUAGAAGAAUAUACUGCUUCAUUAUCAGUGUUUGCUCAGAGUGCCUGAAACGUACACCCCAAAAAGUGCUAGACACCUGCAGUGCAAAGUCUUGGACAUCUGUCUAAAACGGGACAAGGAACUUGAAACGCUCGCCUGCAACAGGUGUCACGCUUGCCUCGCAACAACAGAGAGAAUUAGGUCUUUGGAGUUUCAAACAUUAUGUUCGACUGCGAAGAGAAAAACCUUGCGACAUUCCCCCGGAACUGAACUGUCUCAAGCAAGAAGUGCAAUCCUGUUUACGCCAGGACAAUCAUUAAUCUCUGGUCAGCAAAUUCCAUCCACAAAACAUUGCUUACACCGAAAAAAAAUAAAGACGGCAACUUGGUAACAAAAAAAAACGCAGAUAUUGAAAAGCAAACUGACUGUGAGGGGAAAAGAUAUAUCACCUGUUCUCCGGCGCCAAACCGAAGGCUCAGCCACGCCACCACUCGCGAGAACGCCCCCUCGCUGUCGUGCCACUCCAGCAAGAUCAGUCUCUCGCCGCCCACCACCACGACCUCGCACGACGAAGGCGACGAAGCAGCCUCUCCAGACUCGACCAUGACGCCAGACUGCCCCAUGUCCCCGGGAGAGCAGGACGCGCCUGACCUUAUCUGCAAGUGGGUCGGCUGCGGCCUCAGCUUCGAGAGUCUGGACGAGUUGGUUUCUCACCUGACGGCCGCUCACGUGACGUCACAACAUGGCGCCUUCUUUUGUCUGUGGCACGGCUGCUCGCGCACCAAGGGCUUCAAUGCCAGGUACAAAAUGCUCAUCCACAUCCGAACGCACACGAACGAGCGGCCGUACGUGUGCAGCCAGUGUGACAAGCGAUUCAGUCGUCAGGAAAAUCUCCGCAUUCACGCCAGGACACAUACAGGAGAGAAGCCGUACGUGUGCACGGUCCCCGGCUGCGGCAAGGCGUACUCCAACUCCUCGGACCGCUUCAAGCACACCAGGACGCACUUCGUGGACAAGCCGUACGAGUGCCGCCACCCCGGCUGCGGCAAGCGCUACACCGAUCCUUCCUCCCUCAGGAAACACGUCAAGAUCUACGGCCACUACCGGCGCCCCGAGGACCAGCACCCACCUUCGCCCGUCCCCCCCACCUCUGCGGCCGACCUCCUCGACCCGGCCCUGGCAGCGGCGGCCAGGCUCGACCUCUCGCCCUCCCCGUCCUCGUCAGGGUCCUCGCUCGUGCCCUCGCCCGUGCCCUCCACGCCCUCGCCCUCCCUCCUACCUCCGCCCCUCUUCCCGGGGGCUCCCUCCGGCCCCGUGGGGAGCAUGGGGGCAUCGGGACUCUCUCCGUGGGCCCCUGUGACGGCGGCGGCGUGGACGGUGGCGCUGCAGCAGUACCAAGGACUCCUCCUGCAGGGGGGCGCGGGGUUGGCGGGGCUCGGGGGCAUCCACUCGCACCAACACCUGGUGGAGGAGGAGGAGGAGGAAGAGGAGGAGGAGAUGGAGGAGAUGGACACGGCCACCGCCCUCGACCUCUCCAUGUGCCCGUCGCCGCUCGACCUCUCGCUGCCUUCGUCGCGAGCCAAGCACCAGUAACGCCGCCGCCGCCGCCGCCGCGCACCCGGCCUCCUGCCCUCCUCCAGGCUUCCGUGGCACUGCGGCGCGGGGUGGCACCGUGCCUCGUUUGAGCCGCGUGAGACGUCGUCGUGGCUCUCACAGUGCCUUAGUGAAUGUCAGACGCCAAUAUGCACGUGUGCGAUAUACCCAAAAUAGGUAUAUAUAUAUAUAUAUAUAUAUAUAUAUAUAUAUAUAUAUAUAUAUAUAUAUAUAUAUAUGUAUGUAUGUAUGUAUAUAUGUAUGUAUGUAUACAUGUAUAGAUACUCACACACAAGCACAUAUAUUUUGCUAGAUAUAAGAAGCUUGUUGAAAUGAUAGUUAAAGUGGUGAUAACGAACCUCAUACGUGCCUUAUAUGAAAUGUGAUGAAAAAUGCUGAUGUUUAGCAAUGAGUUCAAUAUUUACGGACAUUUCCAACUAUAUUCUGUACACUCGUUAUUAGAUUCCAUCAAAUCAGUCCUCCUUUAUCACCCUUUCUCUUAGUUUUGCACCUUCAUAUUGCUCAUAAACUCGUUUUUCGUGACCUGAAAAGCGGUAAGUUUAGCCAAAAGUGUUUCCCCGCCUCAGCUACGUCGGCAUUUACGUGUGGUGCUUCGAACAUUGUGCCAAAGGAGUUUCGAAAUCUUUUAUUUUGUCCUUUUUUUUUUUAGAACUCAAAAAGUCCCCAACUGGGUAACUGGUUGACUGGUUUAACCUUCUUCCCGUUCCCUCCCCCCCACCCCCCACCCCCACGCCCCAUUUUCACUCCACAACACCAACCAUAUCACCUAUAAAAAAUAAAUAUAAAUAUAAGGAAACAAAAAUCAAAUACACGAAAAAAAUGGAGUUGAAUUUUGUAAGAUAUUUCGAAAAGGAAAAAGCUUUGAUGUGAUAUUUUCCGUCUUUCCCUGAUUGUGUACAGUAUUACGUUAUGAAACCGUCCACCGACAAUAGCAGUAUGAUGCUUGGUUUUGUUUAUAGUGUAAUUAUUGACUUUGGUGGGAUAGUGCACUAAGGUUGUGUUCACGGAAUAAAACCCCCGAUCGGCUCUUAGAGUGAAGCAGUUGGUAUAGUUUGGAUCAAAAUUGGUGUUUUCUUUAUUUUUCGCUUUUUUUUUUUUUUUUUUUUUUUCUUUCUUUUUUGUUCAAGUCGUCGAUCAUUCUGAGUAAUGGAAUUCUUCGCGGUCACUCAGUCACCCUGGUCUGGAUUUUAUUUUAAAUGGAACGCAACCUGUAGACGAUAUUAAAGUAGGGAUGUGCAAGGAAGAAGCGAUAACAAAUAAAUAAUGAACAAAGACACAGAUGUAAUGUUCCUGGAGGAGUCCCAGCUAUCGCAAACUCUCUAGAAGAUGGAUUUGUAAUCUUCAUAAAAAUCCUCUGACGUCAAGAUCUCCAGCCUUUAAAAAAAUUCUCUGACAGUCGCCCGUGAUUCCUGAGUCAUGGAGCUUUUGUGUUUAUUUUUAAGCCUGAAUUAGUCAUCUCGCCGGUACAUUACAUAAAGCCAUUUGUGUAUUUUCUAGACAAUGACUCUCAUCUUGUUCGUAAAGAAACAAAUGAGCAUCGUGUCACGUCCAGCUUACAACGUCACGUACUACUUGCAUGUCCAGUAACUUCCUUCUUUCUCUGAAUAAUAAAGGAGGUAUCGUAGGGUUUAUCAUUUUUCUUGGGUUGGGAUAUGAUGUAUUCUACACAGUAAUCUUUUUUUUUUCUUUUCUUUUUCUUUUUCUUCGAUAAAUUUAACCGCGUAUUUGGCCCGGUGAUCUGUGACGUCAUACAGGUUCUCAUUCGAAGCUAUUUUUUUUCUUCAUCUCUGGAUUCUCCAGGAUAUGGGAAAAAGGGGAUUCGAAUGCAUGAAUUUGGUUUCGAUACGCCAGUGUGUUUACUAUCAUAUCCUCCUCCUAGUGCCUUAUGUAUAUAUGUAUAUCUCCUUAUACUACUAUAUUUUCUUACUCCGAAAAAAAAUGUAAUAUAAAAUGAGUAUAUGAUACUUACCCCUUUCCCCCCAACUAUUUAGGAAAAAUAAUAAGGUAUCUUGAAAAUGAUAUUUCCUCCUGACCCAAGAAAUCAAAAUAGAAGGAUCGGAUCCAGCGAACCGCCAUUCGGACACGUCGUUCGGAUGCCGUGUGACUUUGGCUUCAGUCUCACAGUGUGACCCGGGAGUUUGCUAACAAUUUUCACCUUGAAUUAUCUCAUAUAAAUGGUAUUCUCAUAAACAGGUCGAUUUACCUCGUUGUGCCUCGACCGUUUACUCAUUUACAAACUGAACUUUUACAUUUGGAAGUAAGGUUUUUUUUUUAGAUAUUGUAUAGAAUCAUUUAUGUACAGAGCGUGAUGUAACAAUGAUUUAUAAUGAUUCAAAGAAGCUGCAAUGUCAAUCAAAAUGUUGUCCAUAAUGUACAAACAUAGAUGUUGUAGUUGCAACUUCUCCACGUGAGAAUGCUCUAAAUGAUUUUUUUAUUGAUCUAUUAAUUUUAUAAUAGAUUUCAUAAUGUUUCAUUUACCAUAGUAUCCCCUGUGUCUAGUAGUGCACGCGGUUCAUAAUGGCCGUUUUCUACUAGGCGUAUGAUGCUCUAGUCAUUAGAUUUUUUAAUGCUUUAUUAAAUCAAAAUAAGAUUUAA